AUGUUACAGUGGUCUGGCAAUGCUCUCACAUCUUACUACCUUUCCAAAGUACUCAACUCGAUCAACAUCACCGACCACAAAACUCAGCUUCUUCUCAACGCCGGUCUUCAAAUCUGGGGGUUCCUAUCAGCCGUCAUCUUCGCUACUUUAAUCGAUAAGGUCGGCCGGCGUAAGCUUUUCCUCAUCGGUAUGUCGGGUAUGGGCAUCUCAUACGUCAUUUGGACGAUCUGCUCUGCAAUCAACCAGGAGACCGGCUUCAAGCAUAUCGGUUACGCCGGGGCAGUUCUGGCGAUGAUUUUUGUCUUUUCCUUCUGGUACCAUGCCUGUUCGCCAAUUGGCGCCACUUAUAUCAUGGAAGUCGUUCCCUAUUCACUUCGUGCCAAGGCAGCUAUGCUUUACCAACUCACCGGCAACCUGGCAGGCGUCUACAAUGCCUUUGCAAACCCGGUAGCUAUGGAAGCGAUUGCGUGGAAAUACUAUAUUGUGUGGUGCGUUGCGAUAGCAAUCCAUCUUACGCUUAUUUAUUUCUUCUUCCCCGAAACCAAGGGACGCUCUCUAGAGGAAGUAGCAGAAGUGUUUGAUGGGCCGAAUGCUGUUGUGGGCACGAACGGAUUGAAUCAAAAGGGGCUUGACACACAUGCCGAUGCAGCUGAUGCUGCUUACGAUCAGGAUGACCAGAAGGGUUCAGAAUCUUUCACAAAGGGCGCUGUUGUACAGGUGGAUCGAUCGUAA